GGGGGAAGGGCAGAGAGAGAGGGAGACACAGAAUCUGAAACAGGAUCCAGGCUCUGAGCUGUCAGCACAGAGCCCGACGUGGGGCUUGAACUCACGAACCGCGAGAUCGUGACCUGAGCUGAAGUCGGAUGCCCAACCGACUGAGCCACCAGGCACCCCCAAAAUCGCUAUAUUUUAAAAACAAAGCAACAAAAUGUUUAGCAAGAAGAGUGGUGAUGUCCCACACUUUCACGAGUCUUUGUAACGUGUGGCUUAACAGAAGACAGACAAUUUCUCAUAUCUGCUUCUGCGUUCAAUCUCUUGCCAUAUCAUGUGUCACAUAGCUUCUGGAAAACUCCACUGAACACUCAUGAGAGAAUGAAGGCGAAGAAAGCAAAUAAUAUAGCAGCAUUGUUGGGAAGACAGUUUUGACCUCACAGAGCCUCCGAAAGGGUGUCAGGAACCCCCAGGGUCCCUGGACCACGCUUUGAGCAUCACUAGUCCAGAGGACUCUCGGAAAACCGUUUCAAUCCCCACGCCUCCUCCCCCGCCAAGCCGAGUAUCCUGGCUGAUCUCGGCUGCCCACACCCCUCUGAGUGUUCUCACUGGGCAGGCGGUCUGGGGGCCGUGGUUAAACAGGUGGGGCUCCGUUCUGCCCCCUCCCUAGCUGUGUGACCUUGGGCAGAUUAUCAACAUCUCUGUGCUUCAGUUUUCUCAUCUGUAAAAUGGGGCUUGAAGAAAGUGCCUAUUUUUUCGAGUUGUUGAAAAUUACAUGACAGAAUUCUAGAAGAGGGCUUAGCGCAGUGCUACGUAGUGUGAGUUCAGGAGCCUUGCCUCUGAAGAAUUCCCAGGGCCCGGAAGGCAGGGAGGGAGGGGCACAGGUGAUCCUUCCCCUGUGGCUGAGGGGGUUUCCCAGCCCAGGGACGGAGAGCGACUGGGAGGGUUCACAGGGUUGCUGGCCCUGAAUCUAGGAGUUCUAACUCCCAGCCCUCCCCUCCUCCCCCACUGGGGACCCUUUGGGGGCAGGGAGGGCUUGCAGAAGAACCGAAGUCCUGACUGGGAGGAAGGAGCAGGCCUUCCCUUUCCCCCAGUAGCAGCAGGCGAGCCGUUCAGGGCCCAAGGCUGUGUAGCAGGAAGCCCCGAGGUCAGAUAACAGGCAGGGCCUCCUGCCCUCAGCACAACUGAAAACAGAAGUGCCCAAGCCCAGAAGCUUUCUCUGUCUUGCCGGGGGCAGUCCUCUAAAGUGACCUCAGCCCUCUCUCCUGGGGGUUCCUGGCCCAGGACAGAGGAAGUCUUGAUCGGGCAAACAUUGCUACUCAAGUGGCCCCCCUUCCCUGCUCGCUGCCCCCUUCCCAGGUCUGGGCCUGCUCUCAGCCCCUGCACUGGCCGCUCCCUCCCAGGGCGGGGGUGGGGAGUGGGGCCGCAGCUGGCGCCCAGGCCACGGAGGGUGCCCGUGGGGGGGGUGGGUGGAGGAGGGUGCGGGGCCCCCCUGGGCAGGAGGACCUAUUGCGCACAGCGUGGGGGAGGCCCGAGGCAGCCACACACAUCCCGCAGCACCGCUGGCCCUGGCCUUCUGGCCCUUCGGCCACGCUCCCCGGAGCUGGAGCUGGGGCUGCAGGUGCCGCCUUCCUCAGAAGCCCAGACACCCCGGCUGCCUCACCCCCACCCCCCCCGCACACACCGAUUUUGCAUCCGGUGGCGGUCCCGAUCCGACCCGCAGCCCCCCAGCCCGACAACUCCGGAGACCCUCAGGCUUAAGUUUGAGACCUUGCUCCGUGGCUCCUGCCCACACCACUCCCUGGAAUAGAGGGCAAGAGAUGGUAAUAGAUGGGGGAAACUGAGGCAAAAAGUGGGUGGGCUCAGACUGCCCACCUGCUUCUUUCCCGGCGGCCCGGCCUGGCCCCCAGAGUGCUCCCCUCCCCCAUCGUGACCGGUCCCUUGGCUUUUUCCACUUGCAAAGGCCUUUGUGGCCAGUGGCUGGUUUGGGGGCCCUAGGCGAGGCUCCCUGUGUUGUCUCCCUAGGGGAGCCCCCAGGGACUAAGAUCUCUCCAGUCUCGGCCCUGCCCCACCCCCUGCCUCCACAGGCAGGGCCAGCAGCCCCCCAGCUCCCUCCUCUGGGCUGUGGGACAGGGAGAGGGCCGAGGGGCUGGCCCUGCAUACUAAUGGCCUGCCCAUUGUCAAAGCCCCUUUGUGCCAGAGAGCUCCAUUGAGGCGGCUCCGGGGCGGGCACAAUGGGGGCUCUGUCCCUGAGUUCCCCCAAACAGUCACCUGCUUUCAGAGCCUCCCCCCACCACCACCCCCACCCGUCCCAGUGCCCGGAGGGCCAAGAGAGCGCGGGGGGAGUGGGCCCAGGGCCAGGGGGGAUGGGCAGGAGGCGACCUUCCCCCCCACCCCCGGGGCAGGCUGGGGAGCUGGGCACUGGUGGGGAGAGGCCCCCAGCUCAUGGGGAGGGGGUUGGGGGGGGGAGGGUGCAGUCUGUGGAUGGAGCUGGGUUGCAGGCUCUAGGAGGCCAGCGAAGGGGAAGGGGUGUCCCCAGCGCCCACUCCUCGGUUCCACAUGCCCGGGCCGGGCCCGCGGCUGCCCGCCUCCGCUCCUCCUCCACUGGGCUCAUAUAUGCAGAGACACACAGGCACGCACUCAUCUAUGCAGCCCCACACACGGAUCCCACACGCACGCUGGAGCGGAUGUGCCCAGACCUCGGUCCUCUCGCCACCCACAUUUCCCUUCACGUGUCCCCUGGUGGAGAAGGAGGGUGCCAUCGGCGCCCCGGCUGCACUCAGGCCGUCAGUCCCUGUGAGAGGGAGGAUGGAAGGCAGCCACCUCUGAAUCUAGUUCUAGACUCAUCUAGAAUCUACAAGUGUCUCGUUAGUGCCUUCAUGCCGCUCCUGCCUCAUUCUUGUCUUCGAGUGGGGAAGAUGACGUCGGUGGCCAAGGUGUACUACAGUCAGACCACUCAGACAGAGAGCCGGCCCCUCGUGGGCCCAGGGGUCCGACGGCGGAGGGUCCUGACAAAAGACGGCCGCAGCAACGUCAGAAUGGAGCACAUCGCCGACAAGCGCUUCCUGUACCUCAAGGACCUGUGGACGACCUUCAUCGACAUGCAGUGGCGCUACAAGCUCCUGCUCUUCUCCGCGACCUUCGCGGGCACCUGGUUCCUCUUCGGCGUGGUGUGGUACCUGGUGGCCGUGGCCCACGGAGACCUGCUGGAGCUGGGCCCCCCGGCCAACCACACCCCCUGCGUGGUGCAGGUGCACACGCUCACGGGGGCCUUCCUCUUCUCCCUCGAGUCCCAGACCACCAUCGGCUACGGCUUCCGCUACAUCAGCGAGGAGUGCCCGCUGGCCAUCGUGCUGCUGAUCGCCCAGCUGGUGCUCACCACCAUCCUGGAAAUCUUCAUCACGGGCACCUUCCUGGCGAAGAUCGCGCGGCCCAAGAAGCGGGCCGAGACCAUCCGUUUCAGCCAGCACGCGGUCGUGGCCGCCCACGACGGGAAGCCCUGCCUCAUGAUCCGCGUUGCCAACAUGCGGAAGAGCCUCCUCAUCGGCUGCCAGGUGACAGGCAAACUGCUCCAGACCCACCAGACCAAAGAGGGCGAGAACAUCCGGCUCAACCAGGUCAACGUGACUUUCCAAGUGGACACGGCCUCGGACAGCCCCUUCCUCAUUCUGCCCCUCACGUUCUACCACGUGGUGGAUGAGACCAGUCCCUUGAAAGACCUCCCCCUUCGCAGCGGGGAGGGGGACUUCGAGCUGGUGCUGAUCCUAAGUGGGACGGUGGAAUCCACCAGCGCCACCUGCCAGGUGCGCACCUCCUACCUGCCGGAGGAGAUCCUCUGGGGCUACGAGUUCACGCCCGCCAUCUCGCUGUCAGCCAGUGGCAAAUACAUAGCUGACUUCAGCCUUUUUGACCAGGUUGUGAAGGUGGCCCCUCCCAGCGGCCUCCGCGACAGCGCGGUGCGCUACGGAGACCCCGAGAAGCUCAAGUUGGAGGAGUCCUUAAGGGAGCAAGCGGAGAAGGAGGGUAGUGCCCUAAGUGUGCGCAUCAGCAACGUCUGAUGGCCCGCGGCCCCACCCGCCCCUGUCUCUCUGGUCUUUCCUCUUUCGGCAGCCCGGGUGAGGGCUGUUGAUACCCAGGCUAGCUGGAGAGCCCCCGGAACCACCCAUUCUCCACUCCCUCCGCUUUAACCUGGCGGCCUGUGGGUAGGCGAGGCCAACUGGAGUCCGAGCUUUCCUUCCAUCGUCCCCUUCAGCCCACCCCACCCAUCCCCAAGACACGCAACUCCCCGACACCAGGAUGGGGGAAGGAGAGGGAAGAUUAAGGCUGAAGUGGCUCAGAACGCAUCAGCCAUGCUUGGAGACCCACAUCAGGAGGACCAUGCAGUUGGAUGGACAGACUCCCCCGCCCCCCCCCCCCCCCCACCGCCACCACCACCACCACCGUGAAAUUUGGUGACCUGGGGCCGGAGCCCCCACCCGCCUCUAAUUUCCCACCCAGCUAGUUCCCUAAGGCAAGACUCUGAUGGUUGUUUUGGAGUCCGCGCCCUCAGAAAUACGGGAAUCCGGAAUUAAUUGAUCCUGGGUUCUCUACCAACCCCUGUUGAAAGGAGUCAGGGUCUCUCAUAGCGUAAUUUCUGCUGGCACAUUCUGACUAGAACCUUGGUCACCCCCGUUUUCCUUUCUAUCUUCUCCAGUGGACCCUGUCUUAGGAUAGCCAGUUUUCUCACAAAGCCGCCUCUUCUCUCAGAGAAUAGAGGUUGACGGGCGCCCAUCCCGGAAUCUGAACCCUUUGGUGUGGAGUGACGAAUGCAGAGCCCUAGUCCAAAGCCCUGACCCUAUCCUCCAGACAGCCCUGGGGGGGAUCUGUCUCCUGUGACCCGUGGAUGGGAUGGCCCUUGCCGGUAUGUUCCCAACCCCCACGGAAAGGUCUGGAAAUGGUGUUCCAGGUACUUACAGGGCACAGAUUCCCAAGGAAAGCGACAUUAACCCUACCAUGCAGGAUGAGUACAUUCUCAGACCUCCAGACUGCUGUGUGGAGCCUCUGGGAAUUGGGGGCGCUUUAUUAGGGUUUGGGCUGGGACAGAACUCUGGCUGGUGGACACCAUUCUCCCUGUCACCCUUCUGAAGUGUCAGCUGUUUCACUAGGCAGUGCUGGGAGGGAGGGAGACUAUACUUCCUGACCCAACCACCGGGGUCUCCCCGAGCCAUUCCCGAGACUUGGGCAAAGUGGGCACCGGUCCCAUCUCCACUCCCCUCUGCCGUGAAGAGGAAGAAGUUAAAGGGUACGCUUUAGAUCAACCUCAGGCCAGUCCUUGUUCCCUGGUGGGGACUGUGGGAGGGGCCAAGAAGGGCGUUUGGGCACCAGAACGUUCUCUAAAGCCCCAAACCCCAAAAGUGCCUCCUGGUCUCAUUUAGGUGCCAAGGAACUGCCCCCGUGCCCCCACGGUGGCUUGGCAUAGAGUCCUUGUGCGAAUGCAGUGGCAGUUUAAGGUGGACUCAGCCAACCGUUACGAGCUCCAACACUCGCACAGGCCGUGGACACGCGUCUGCGUGCCGAGCUUCGGAGAAACCCACGGUUCUGAGGCUGGACCUGUGGUCACGGCUCACGCGACUGCACCAGGCCCUCUUCUACGUAGCUCUCCUUGAACUCAACUCCGUUUUGAAACUGAAGACCCUUCGUUCUUCCCUGACCGUAAACCCCACCAACGCUCCCUAGCUCUCAAGAAAACGAGAACCAGAAAAACUUGAAAAUCUGAUACAGAGAACAGAAGGCAAAGAGCCAGUUUCUGGGCUCUCGACUUUAUUCAACGUUAGACUUCCCUGAUUUCUUUCUGUGUGUAAGGGCCCAAAAUACUGGAGAGUGUGUGCGUGUGUGCGUGUGUGUACCUUCUCCAUCAGCAAGCCAUCCUGUGCUAGUUUCUUCUGUGCACGGCUGUGUCCCUCCUGAGGGAAAUCCUCUCUCCCGAGUGCUCCGCUGUCUAUUCUAGGCCCCCAGACUCAGAUUCUUGCAUAACAAAAUAAGGACAUGUUCUGCCUUAACCUUUUUGAUUCUCCUCCCAGACCCCAGACUUUGCUCUAAGCUGCACUUUAAAUCAUACUGUCCUUUUAACACAACCUGGCUUCCUCAGCCAUGAGCCUCCCUGGAGGACAACGCUUCCCCCCCACCCUAACCGGCUCUUCGUAUCACCCCCUCUUCCUCGGAGCUGAAAUCCUUUCUCCGGCUGUCGGACAAGCUUUAUAAGCAGCCACGUCUGGUGAGCAGUGGGUCCCCUGACCACAGCAACCAUGGACUUGGGAUGUCAGGAGAGCACUGGGCACCCAUGUUAACCGGGAGAUUCCAGACGGGCAAACAAGCGACAGGGAGGGUACUCAGGGUGUGACGAAGACAGAGGGUGGUGCUGAGGGACCUGGUGAAAUCACGAAGCCGGAGUCUCCCUUGGACGAGCGGACGAGUCGUAGGCGGAGGCUUGGGAAGUAGCACAUGGUACAAAUGGAAGGUUUACCUAAGGAGAAAGCGACAGAGAUAAUAUAUAUAUGUAGACAGAUGUAUGUACAUAGAUGUUUAUAGGACCAAAUAUACUGAAUGUACAGAAAGGAGAUCUUAGCACGGGGGCAGUUCUGUUGCUCUGGUUCGGGGGGAGGGCUCCCCAGAUUUCCAGACUUCUGCCCAGUGAUCCUGGUCUCCGUGCGGAGACAGCUGAUGGGGCUUUCAGGUUUGAGGAUGGGAGAGGGAGGCGUGGAAGCCGCUCUUCAGACGCCCAUGAGGCUGCUGACAACCCCUGCGUGCUGAGGCCCGGGAGGAGGGGGACAGGAGGACACGGGGGGAGGACCCUUGGGCCACGGGCAUCUAGAGUCCACUUACGCUGCGUGCUCCGCCCCAGCAGUGUCCUGUCACUGUAGCACUUUUUUUUUUUUGGUUUUAAAAUAAAAAGCACCUUCUGUUUCCUGG